AUGUCGGCAGAUACGGCAUUUGUGAACCGUUUCUGGGGCCAGCAAGAGGCUGGCUUCCAGGUGAUCCAGACUCGUCUAGCGCACUCCUUGACGACUCUCCAAGAGCUUCUUACUUUCUACAAAGAACGAGUGGCCAUUGAAAAAGAAUACAAUAAGCGUUUGGACAAGCUAGUGGGGUCUUAUACGCUAGGGUCCGGCGAGACUGGUUCCAUCAAGGUUGCUUUAGAGAAACUACAGAUCGAAAGCUCCAAUAUGGUUAAACAGAACCAAAAGUUCAUCAAGAGCGUUGCUUUCCAUAACCACGAGAAACUCAAUUCCUUCUACAACAAUUAUAAGAGCAAUGUUGCCAAAGUUGAAGGCCAUAUGCAAAAAGUGUUGGCCAAGAAGCGAGACUUCUUUGCUCAUCUUGAUGCUACCAAGGAUAGGUACCGAGCCGAGUGCCAUCUGAUCAAAACAUUACAACUACAGUGCCAGACCACAUGGGGAAAGGAAUUAGAAAAGAAUACUAGUAAACUUGCCAAGGCUGAAAAGAAUGCCAGUGUUCUUAAAGAUCAAUAUUUGAAGAGUAUCCAUAAAUGUGCUGAGAUCCACGAGAUAUGGGUCCGUGACUGGCGUGCUGCUUUGCUGAACAUCUACCAGUUAGAAAUCGAAAGGAUUCAGAUUUGCAAACUCAACUGUUUCAAUUUCUGCAACCAUAUUGCUUCUCUUUGUGUGGACUGGGAUCAGCUGGCUGAUGUUGCCAGGACCUCUUUUGCUAGCAUUCUAGCCCCCAAAGAUAUCCACGAUUUUGCUGAGGUAUAUGGUACUGGAAAUAAGAUUUCGAAAGCUCCUCAAUUUAUUGACUUUGCCGAAGGAUAUGACGAGGAUUCAGAAUCCAUGGAGUAUGAUCUUGCUGAUUUCAAGGACCCAGACUUCUCCCAGAUCCUCACCAGAACAUUUUCCACACAAUCCGCUCCAUCAAGCAAACAGAACAGUCCAACAAAGGCAACUCCAAAGAGGAGAACUGGAGAAGCUGGCUCUCCAAGCCGAGGUGCCAACGGGGGAAUGCCUACGCUACUAGUACCUGAGAAUAAGAGUCUACCACCAAUAAGAGAGCCCAAUGGAGACACACAAGGAGAGCUCCGGAAACAAUUAUCACAAACAAGUGCAUACACUUCGGGUCCGGAAGACAAGCAUGACGAUGUGUUUGACUCAGGUAAGAAGUUCAGUGCUUCCAAUGGGCUGGACUAUUCGAACCCUACGAACUAUACCUCUCAGACAGCAAGAAGUUGGGCAUCUCCUCGGAAGAAAGAAAGACUGGAAGUUCAAGAAAGGAUCAACAGAAGGCUGCAAGACUGGACCAACACGUUCGCUGCACCUUCUCCACAGCCUCAGAAACCUAAUGUUCCGAUCACAAAGGACUUCUCCAUGGACUUUAUUGCUAAAGCUCUCGAGGACCUCAAUACUGGUGGCAAUGGUGACGUGAAUCAGUUCAGACGUUCUGUGAGGAGCCAGGCCAACCCAGCUGCCGAGAAGACAAACUACAUGAACCACCGUCCCCAGUCAGACUUUGUGGAUGAUUCUCGAGAGCAAGCCACAAGAUACGAUUCUAUUUCCUUUAAGACUCCCCAAAAACCAAGACCUAAAUCUAUGGUUGACAGCGUGAUGGGCGAAGACGACCUGAUGAGAACUGUUGUUGAAAAGACCCCAGUGAAGCCUCAAUCCCAACAGUCUAAGCGGUUUUCGCUGCAAUCGCCAACGAAAUCAUUCAUGGACUUGCACUCAAUGAUAGACAAAGUGACCCCUGUUUCUCGCCACGAGUAUGUUGCCAAGGCAAAAGCUCUUUAUACCUAUAAUGCCAGAGAAGAGGGUGAACUUUCCUUCAGGAAGGGCUGGAACAUGUAUGUGCUACACAAGCAAGAGGAUAACUGGUAUGUCUGCGAGUUGGCAAACAACUGUGGCAGCGACAUCGGAAAUGUCGGUUUAGUUCCAUAUAAUUACGUUAAGGAGGGAGAUCAUUUGUUUUAA